AUGGAACGCCCAUAUCAGUUUUCCGACGAUCGAGACGGCGCGCGUUCACCUUUCAAUCAGCAUUUGCUCAACCCCGUCACACAGCCGGCGGCCACGUCUUUCAAAACAAAUGUGAAUCGUAGUAAAACACGCAAAUGGGCAGAGGCCAAGAACUAUUCUUACGACGGCGACGACUGGGGCGGUUAUGAUCCUUACGACGAAUACGGCAGUUACGAUGACAAGCAGGAUCCUCUACCUACUGCCUCGCCGCGACGCAACUCCUUCGAGGCUGGUGAAGAGGUAACAGCCUUCUCUUCUGGCCAACAGCAGCAGCAGCAGCCGCCUCCUCCUCCAGCACAUACCACUCCCACCAAGCCGCAGCCUCUCCAGCCAGUGUCACAACCACAGAACGACUAUGGCAUCCGCCGCGACUUUUCCCAGAUUGCUCAUGUACCACCACCCCUCAAGACGAACACCUCGCCUCAAGUCGUUCGCGAACGCUUUCCUGCUAGGAAGAGCAGUCUACAGACCGAUAUACCGUCUUCGCCUGCUCAAACCCCUCAGCAGUUUGCGUCUCAAGAGCCUGUUUCACCAUCUGCAGAUGCUGGCAAACCCCUGCCUUUCAUCCGUCCUGCCGACAUUUACAAGCGCAUGGAAGAGGAACGUUUGAGGGAACAAGAAGCGAAGAGCCCGGUUGAAUCAGUGCCUGUCAAACAUGAGGAACACCAAGGCUUUGCUGUGGACAAUCCUAUUCUGGCAAAAGCGAUCGGCGCUGAUGUUGCUGGUAUUGAACCAACACCUCUGGAGCAGCCAACGAGUGCUUCGUUGCGUGCUUCUCUACCAGCAGUCAGCCGUGUUGCUUCUGGCUUUGGCUCCGAGUUCUGGAAUGCUUCCGAGUUGUCGAGCUCGCUGAAUGCUGCCGACAAUCUCUCGCCAACCACUACUAAUACUGCUCCUGUAGAACCUACUGAAACCAACAGUGUGGAAAAUGCCUCGCAUGAAUUACAGGAUGCUGUGAGUCAAGCGUUUGAGCGACGGGAUGACUUAUCUGUACCUCCCACGCCCAUCUCUCGUGACAAUUCUCAGUCGGGCCAUGGUUCUGAUACGGCGGGGAUAAGUCCCAUCAUGAGUCGAGUCCCGAGUGCUGCAACCGCCGAAGCAAAAGCACGACUUGCUGAUAACAGAGACAUGGGACCUAUCGCUGAGGAAAGCAGCUUACCUGGCAGUCCUGGCUCGCGACCUUCAUCUCAACAAACCUCCACUAAAAGAUAUACUCCUACGCACUCUAGACAAGUAUCGGCCGAGUCUUUCAGUAACAGCCCUGCCAGAACUCCACAAUUGGAAUACACAAAGAGGCUUUCGACUCCAAUGUCGGCAGAAAGUACAAGUAUGGAAGCCGAGCAAGCUGGUUCACCUAUUGAUCCACCCAGCAAGCCUAUGCCUGUCGCUUCAGUUCGGGUCAUUGCACCUUCAGCAGAUUACAGUCGUAGGGAGUCGGACAUUGCUGCUGAUGCAACCUCAAACUCACCAGUCGAUACUGCCGAGGCUGCGAAGGCUGCCAGGACACACUUCCUGCAGACUCAUGAGAAGCCCAAGUCACCUGUGAUUGGAAGUCCUAUUGAUCGCAGUCCUUCUCCUAUCUCGCGCCAAGGAUCUCCUGGGCCUAGCAGAGUUCGAGAUCUUGCAGGCAAAUACGAUGAGCUUCAUACACUCUCGAGAAGUAGCUCCGCCAUGUCCUUUGGCUCCCAAAAGAGCGAUAAGAUGUCCUUGGGAAGAAGUGGUACUUUUGAUAGCACCACUAGCGAGACUGGUGAUGACAAAGUCGUUGAGUCCAUCGAGCAAUCACCUUCAACUCGUCCAGACCCUACUCGAGGCCCUAGUUUCCGGCCGCACUUGCCCGGUGAAUGGGUGUCGUAUGUAGGAACACCUGCUACAGAGAUGCCGGUGGCACAAGAAGCCGUCAGACGUAGCGGCGAAGACUCAAGAGACCACACUCAGCUUGACCAGAGCACUCCCCGUCAAGCGACAUUCCCCUCUACGGAAGACUUUGAUCCGACGCCGGCAACAGUCAAGCAGCCUCUUGCUCACAAGGAUAUCCAGACAAAGGAGCCUAGCCCCGUGGACACUCUUAAGAAUGCAGGAGAAGCAUUAGGUGCUGCACUACUAUCCUCGUUCGGCCAGAAUCAUGGCACUAGAGACUUUGCGCAGACAGAGCCACAGCCCGCUGAGGAAGAUGUGGCUGCUCCUCGACCAUCAGUCGGAGAUGUCUAUCUUAGACCCUUGAUGGUCGAUCGCAAAGCUUCAUCCAUUGCUUCAAGUGUUGGUCCCACACCGCCAGCGAAGGACACACCCGAUGGACUCACCGUUCCAGGCUCAUCUGGCUACUUCCCUCCACCCACAUUGCGCAUCGACUCUGACGCAAUGUCACCAGUAUCUGACUACUCGCCCGCAGAUCUAGAGAGUGACCGGCUGCGCAGGGAGAUUGAGAGAAGUCUUACUCCUCAGAUCCAUUCUGAACACCAACAGAUCCGUGAUCAAGAUGCUCUGGAUGCGCCAGCAACUCUUCGAGAUCUUCAGAAGACCGAAGGUUUCCAGGCUGCUGAAGUUCAGCCUAGAUCGGAACCGUCUGCUGUCAAUGCUGUGCCUACAGCAUUGCAACCAACUCAUGCCGAAAAUGCUGAUCUCCUUGGCAAGCGUUUCAGCUUUGAAAGAGACGCCAGCAAGUCCAGCUUGUGGGGUGAAGUCGGUGAAGAUGUGAAGCGUGCAUCCUAUGAGCGACCAUUAUCUGGUGUUGGCCUUCAUGUGGUUAACACAAAUGUGAGUAGCAGUAGCGAGUCAAGUGCCUCGUCUGUCAGAGAGAUUCCAUCUGAAGCUGUCGAGGAAUCUGCGGGUGCACCACUGCAGACUGUGAUCAGCUCGCCAUCGCCUGUAGCAUCAUCAGUCACUCCCGCAGUUGUCGCAAAUGAUGGGAUGUUGCCCGAUACCAUCGCAGCUCCUACAGUAGAGCCGCCUGUUGUGAGAGAGGAGUCCAGAGAAGGACAACCACUUCCUGCUAUCCCCAUGGAGACUGAGACACCGCUGGCGCCUUCAACAACCACAAACACCACCACGGCGGCUCGUAUACCCACUGUCAGAGAGAUCAUGGCGUUGAAGUCGGUCGAUGAGCGGGUUAAUACUUACAACUCUUCGCGAGAGCAGAUUGCCUCGAUGGAUACUGGUCUUAGUAAUUGGCUUAGUUCAACUCUCGCCUCUCACCCUGAGCAUGCACACAUUGUCACGGAAGCAGCAAACAAACCUGCGACGACAACUCCAAUAAGUGGCAGCAUUCGCUAUAAGCCUCAGCCUGGUAACAUCAUGAAAAUGGCCAGAAAAGGUCUUAGUGGUGUCACCAACAGGGAGCCUUCCGGCUCUCAUGCGGCUGAUCCUAGUCAGACAUCUUCGACUGUCGAACGCCAAACCUCCAACACACCCGGUCGUACAGCAUCGGCACAGCACGGAGGCGUGGAAAAGAUGCAGACAAAGGGCAAGGAUUUGUUGCAUUCCGCCGGCAUGUUCGGUGGUAAGGCCACCGUAGGGGCUAAGGGCCUAUUUGCGAGAGCAAAGGGUAGGCUUCGUGAAGGUGGAAGCGAGAAGGUAGAUUGA